GCGACGCGGUCCACACUCCACGGAUAAAAGCGAUAAACAAAAAUACGUAAUAUUGACAUAUUAUUGUUCUUUUUUGUUUUCAAUUGCUUAUUAGUUCUGUUUACUAUAAAAUCGUACGGUCGUAUAUAGUAACGAUUAACGAAAACAACCGCAAUAGCAUUGUUCUGUUUUUGUUAGUGGCGUACCGCACCGCACAGCCAUGCCGAAAUACUAUUGUGAUUAUUGCGAUACGUACCUGACGCACGAUUCGCCGUCGGUGAGGAAGACUCACUGCCAGGGCCGCAAGCACAAGGAUAACGUCAAAUUUUACUAUCAGAAGUGGAUGGAGGAACAGGCACAGAACCUGAUUGAUGCCACAACGGCUGCAUACAAAGCUGGCAAGAUCGGCAUGAAGGGAGUGUGUAUACCGCCACCAAACAUGGGCCAAUCGGCACCACAAAUGUCUAUGCCACCAGGUUCGAUCAUGCCGCCAGGACAGAUGCCCAUGGGCGCACCGCCAAUGAUGUCCAUGCCGCCAAUGAUGCGACCACCUAUGGGACAGAUGCCGAUGGGUGCACCGCCACCAAUGAUGCCCCCGAUGCCACCCAAUAUGAGACCGCCUAUGAUGAGCAAUCCACCUCCUAAUGUCCAAGCUCAAUAAUUAAAUAAGUACCCAAACUUGUUGGUUCGCAUAACAAGACUAUCAUUAUAUUUUAAAUAAUGUAUAUUUUCAUCAAUACCUACAUAAUAAAAUGUUAAGUAGGUAUUCAAUAUUAAUUAAGAACUGUAUUCAUACUAAAAUAUGUAUUAUGUGUAGAUUAUAGACUACAAUAGUAGUCAAGUAGACAUCUUCAACUUGGAUGUUCCUGGUUUGAUUAUCACCUAUCUAUAUGACUGUUUGAGUAAAAUAUUAUUUCUUAAUGUACAUUUGUUUUAGUACCAAUUAUAUUAAAUUUUUUAUAAUG